AUGACGACGAGAGGGACUAGAUCAGAGAAAGUGAAGAGAAUUUUCCAACAAUUUGAUGCCAACCGUGAUGGAGGUCUCAACAGAGAUGAAAUGGCCGCUUUGGUGGUGGCUGUGAACCCUAGAGUUAAAUUCAGUGAUGAGCAAAUCAAUGCGAUUCUCGACGAAGUUUUCCGCACUUACGGUGAUUUUAUUGAUGGCGAGAAAGGGUUAACGUAUGAUGGUUUGUUGCGUACUUAUGAUGAUGGAGCUGGUGACGUGGACCGUGAUUUUGAUGCGCUUGAAUUGGAAUUGAAUGAUGAUAAUAAAGGGAGCUCGAUAGAGGCGGAGGCAUCGUCGUCGUCAAUUGUUGAUGAGAGGGUUAUGGAGUCGCAGAAGAAGCAGAGGACGGCUGCGUGGGCGGUUUCGCCUAAUCACGGGAUUGUUUUUGAUGAUACGUGGAAAAUUGUGGAUGAUUUGGAGAUUUUGAUUAAGAGAUUGAAAUCUAAACAAGCUAAGGAUGGGAAAUUUAAAGCUGAUAAUUUCGAUGCGUUUUCUGAUGCGGGGUGGUCAAGGGAAUUGGGGCCAUCUUCAGAGAUCUCGGAAAAGAGGGUGUUUUGGGAAGAGAGUGGGAAUGAUUACGCAGCUUUCGUGAAAGAUUUGGGGGUUUUGAGGAGCAGAGCCGAUGGGGCGAGAUCGAGAGAAGAGGCAUUUGAUGGGCAUAUGGCAAUCGGGAGGGUUUUGUAUGAUCAUCAGUUGUUUAAGGAGGCGUUGGUUAGUUUUAAGAGAGCUUGUGAACUGCAGCCUGUGGAUGUUAGGCCACAUUUUAGAGCUGGGAAUUGUUUGCAUGUGCUUGGAAGGUAUAAAGAGGCUAAAGAGGAGUUUUUGUUGGCGUUGGAGGCAGCAGAGGCAGGUGGGAAUCAAUGGAGUUAUUUGCUUCCUCAGAUUUACGUGAAUCUCGGGAUUGCGCUGGAAGGUGAAGGUAUGGUUUUAAGUGCUUGCGAAUAUUAUAGAGAAGCUGCUAUUCUUUGUCCAACGCAUUUUAGAGCUUUGAAACUUUUGGGUAGUGCUCUUUUUGGGGUAGGUGAAUAUAGGGCUGCUGUUAAGGCCUUGGAAGAGGCUAUUUUUAUGAAACCAGAUUAUGCUGAUGCACAUUGUGAUUUAGCUUCUGCUUUACAUGCCAUGGGUGAGGAUGAGAAGGCAAUAGAAGUGUUUCAAAAGGCAAUUGAUCUGAAACCUGGCCAUGUGGAUGCUUUGUAUAAUUUAGGUGGCCUGUACAUGGAUCUGGGUAGGUUUCAGAGAGCUUCUGAGAUGUAUACCAGGGUUUUAGCUGUCUGGCCAAACCACUGGCGGGCACAGCUUAAUAAGGCUGUCUCGUUGUUGGGAGCUGGGGAGACUGAGGAAGCUAAGAAAGCUUUGAAGGAAGCAUUGAAAUUGACAAAUAGGGUUGAAUUGCAUGAUGCGAUAUCUCAUUUGAAGCAGAUACAGAAGAAGAAAGUGAAGGGUAAUGGAGGUGCCAAUGGGGAGGGAGUGUUUGUCAUUGUAGAACCUUCAAAAUUUAAGACAGUGAAUGACAAAACUACAUUGAGGCAGGACUUAGCUAAUGCUCUUCAAAUCAGGUUGUUCCAGAGGAUUACCAGGUUAAGUCGAUGUGAUGUGGAGCUUUUGAAGAAGGAAAUGGGUGAAAAUGAUGUACCCGUGUCUUAUUCUGGCAGUGGUGUUCCUGAGAAAUCAAUACGCAAACCUAACUUAGAGGAAAUUCUGCGGCGGUUGCUUAAUUUCCUGAAGCCUGAAACCUUCCAGGGGGCUGUCAAGGCAGUAAAUGAGAGGAUCCUCUCUGUUUUGGAUGAUACAGGCUCGGGCAGGGUGGAUUUAGGCACGUUUUAUGCGCUUCUUGCCCCAAUUUGCAGUGGCAAUCCUGAAAAGCGAAAACGGGUUGCUUUUGAUGCACUUUUAUGGCGUCCUGUGAAUGAAGCUGGUUCUCAGAUUAAAAAGGCUGAUGCUGUUCGUUACAUCAAAUUGCUGAGGGCUAUUUAUAUUCCUUCUCAUGGAGCUAGUGAAAUGCUCGAGCUUCAUGGAGAAGAAGAUUCUUCAAUGGUGUCAUUUAAGGAGUUUCUUGUGAUGUUUGAUGAUCCUGAUUGGGGCUUUGGUAUCAUGUCAACUCUAGUGAAGCUUGAAACUGGGGAUAGGAACCGCCAUGGAAAAUGUGUUUGCUCAGUUUGCCGCUACCCGAUUAUUGGGUCCCGCUUCAAGGAGAUGAAAUCUCAUUUUAGUCUAUGUAGCCAGUGCUACAGUGAGGGGAAGGUGCCUCCUGCAUUUAAGCAAGAUGAGUACAAAUUCAAAGAGUAUGUAAGUGAGGCUGAAGCAAUGAAAGAUAAGUGCAAGUGUCUCCCCUUGCAAUCUCAUAAUGAUCGGUAA